AUGGUUGUACCGUUGUAUGCGUUACGCAAACCGCACACUGCGGAGGUGCUGGCUGAGUUGGCAAGAGAAUGGCAGGAUGUCUACAGCGACUCGUACGCUGUGGAACCUGUUCACCCGGGACACUCAGAUGGACCACCUUCGUUGCAGUUGCUGGAGGCGUUGAAGUUAUGUCAUAUCGAGCACCCAGGAAACCUGAAGUUGUCUAGUCUGCUUCGUAUGCAGGUAGGGUUUUGUUCCACGAAAGAACAUAGUGAGCGGGCACUGGCCACGCUCUUGUGGGACACGGGUGCCGGUGCUGACUUUGUGAAGAGUCUGUUGCUUGGUGACUUGUCGAACUAUGAGAUUAAUUGGUUCGAUAAGCCACUUGAGAUCGGCUUAGCUGCCGAGUUCGGUAUUCAAUGUAAGUGUCGUGUCCGGAUUUCUGUGGAUCUUGCUGGGAUCAAUCACGUCGGUUGGUUCUAUGUUGUGGACAAGUUAGCAGAAGACAUGAUAUUAGGGUGUGAAACGUUUUUGUCAUACCAUGCUUAUAUUGACUUGGAGAACCGUGUGUUCAGAGGUACUUUGGACUCUCUGAGCUUGGAUGGGUAUGCAUCUAAGUGGUUGGUUCAAGUGAUGAAUGCCAAGCAGCGUGAUGACUCUCAGUUUGUCGAAAUUUUGGACGAAGAGUCUGAUUUUCAGAUGACAGAAGCUCUGAAGUCGAAGGAAGCUUUAGCGGCUAAGAAUGAGGAGGCUUUCAAUCGGAUGCUUCUGGGAAUAUCUGAUCCGGUGAUUCGUGAAUCACUCAUGAGGAACAAACCUGCGUUCACGGAGGAACUUGCUGCCGGAAUGAUUCCUGCAAGUCGGGGUGAAGAUGAUUGUUCAAUUGUGAUUACGAAACCAGACUCGCCUGCGCUUAAGGCGCAGUAUCCACUCUCGCCUGAACAGGACGCGGAGGCUGAGCGUCAGGUUGAUGCUUUGUGGUGUGCUGGUCUUAUCGAGCCAUCUAAUUCAGACCAGUAUGCUGCUCCGUUGUUGUUGGUAAGCAAGAAGGACGGUACAUGGCGCAUGUGUAUUGAUUAUCGGGAUGCAAAUCAAGGCGUUGCGAAUCACCAGUGUGAAGUGCCCGUGGUGGAACAGCUUGUGGCGAAUGUUGUUGGAAAGAAAUUUAUGUCCGCAGUGGACUUAACGAGUGCCUUUCAUCAACAACGGAUUCGGCCUGAAUGUCGUGACAUAACAACGUUUGUAGCUAAAGGCAAGCGUUGGCGGUUCGUGCUGUUACCUUUUGGGCUUAAGGUGAGUCCCGCGAUCAUGCAGCAGACGAUCGCGCGGUUGAUCGCAGGUAUCCCUGGCGUGUACAACUACAUUGACGAUAUUGUGUUAGUUGCGGACACGAUUGAGGAACACCGUCUGCAGAUCCAGGAGUUGCUCCAACGGUUCAGGAAGUUUGGUUUUUACCUUAAGGCAUCGAAAUGUGAAUUCCUCAAAGAAUCGAUUACUUUUCUCGGGUACAAGGUACUGAGCCGGGGAAUGGAGAUCCCGGAUGCGAGAAAAGAAGCUUUUGCGCAGAUGACGCCACCUCUGACGCGCAAAAUGAUGCAGCUGGCGUUAGGUUUGUUCAACUACUUUCGCGGCUACGUCAGAAACUAUGCAAAGCUUGCUAAGCCGCUUCAACGCUUUGCAGCUAGUACAGAAAGGGUUCUGGCAACCGAGUUGUCUUCCAUUAAGGAGUCGUUCGANCUUCAACGCUUUGCAGCUAGUACAGAAAGGGUUCUGGCAACCGAGUUGUCUUCCAUUAAGGAGUCGUUCGAGGCGCUUCGUAAGGCCUUGAUGUCAUCGGCCAAACUCCAGCCUGUGGUACCAGGUUGUCUGUUUGAAAUGGAAGUCGAUGCCAGCGCUUACGCGGUUGGAGCUGUGUUGUUUCAACGUGUCAAUGGGCGUAAGCAUGGUCCCAUCGCUAUGUUGCUGAAGUCACUUAACUUACAUCAGGAGUUCUAUCCAGUGAGACAGAAGGAAUUGUUGGCAAUUGUGUAUGCCGUGCAGAGAUGGCUGUACAUCAUCCGGGGUCAACGGGUUGAUGUGUAUUCUGACCAUCUGAGUCUUCAAUACCUUCUCCGUACGUCGAAGCGCCCGGAAGUGCAAAGGGUGGCUAACUGGAUUGACAUUUUACAGAACUAUGAUGUGGUGCUUCAUUACCGUUCUGGUGAGUCUAACGAGCUCGCUGACUUCUUGUCACGUCAGCUUAAGCCAGUAAUGGAGCAGAUCAGCAAACUGGAUGCCCAGAAGCGAUUGCAGUUGUGUACUGCGGAGGUUCAGACGCCGUCUAGUCUGAGUGAGUCGUCGCUGAGAGAGUUAGUUGCUAAUCCGAGCAGUGAGGUGUUGCGUGAAAUCCAAGAUGCGUACAAAGAGGAUGUGUAUCUUAGUCGGAUUCUCACCAAGUUCCACAACGUGCCGCCUGAACGUCAGUCUUCGAAGAAGUUUCAACGGUCAGUCCGUUCAUACUCCUUGAUCAAUGGCUUAUUGGUCAAGGGGGGAAGGAUUGUGAUAUCUGCCCAACUUGCCAAGAAAUGGAUCAGGCAGUUACAUGAACGUUCGCAUCGAGGAGUUCAGGCGUUAUGGCAUGAAUUGCAACCCUAUUUUGUGUUUAGGGGAUCGUUGCACCUUACGGAACAAGUCGUUCGCAGUUGCGAGAUUUGUCAGCGUCGGAAGUUGAGUCGUUUAUCCUGGCAGCCGUUACAACCGUUGCCUAUCCCGACACGUCCUUUUGAGGUUAUCCAUAUUGAUGAGGUUACUGCGUUACCGUUAUCUCAUGAUGGAUACUAUGGCAUUUUCACCAUUGUUGAUUCCUUUUCGAAGUUUGCCAUCUUGAUUCCGGUCAAGCAUGGACUUCGGGAACUCGAGGUUGCUACGUUGUUGGUUGACCAUGUUUUCUCGGUCUUUGGUCAUCCUAAGGUAAUGGUCUCUGACAAAGCUAACAACUUUGUUGGCAAGGCUGUGAAAUACCUUAAGGAGUACUAUGGAAUUGAGACGAAAACUACGUCGACGAAUCACCCCGAGACCAAUGGUUUGGUGGAAAGGACUCAGAAGACAAUUGUGUCAAUGUUGCUCUGCAUGUGUGAACGGUUGAAGGUUUGCUGGCCCUCCCUUGUGAAGGUUGCUCAAAUGGAGUUCAACCGAACUUGGGCCAGAAUCUUGAAUAUGCUGCCAUACAAAGCGGUGUUCGGUAUGGACCCUCCGCCCUUUAAGGACGUUGUACCUGAGAGAAUGGCGGGUCCGAUUAGUGAGUAUUUGGAAGCGCAAGUGUUGGUUAAAGAGGCGGUAAGGGAAAAGUUGGAAGAAGCUCAACACGCGAUGGAAGAAGCCUAUAACCGGAAACAUCGGGUGUCGGAACGUCAGCUUAAAGUUGGUGAAUAUGUCCUCGUGAACAAAGAUGCAUGGUACUCUAACACGAAGAAGAACUGGAAGUUUUAUGAUUGGUAUUACGGACCGUUUCGGGUCGUCGAUAUCCCUCAUAAAGAUAAUCCUUCGAUUGUUAAAGUAUGUCUUGACCCACGAGUGGUACCAACGACUGAAGAACUUUUCCGUAAGUCCGUGAGAACCAUUAAUACCAAAUACUUGAAGCCGUUUGUGCAUGACCAUGAUGUAUGGCGUACAGUGCAGACUCAAACUCCUCUCGACUCUAAAGAAUUCCUCCUGAGAUGGACCAGGAUGAUCGGUAUUGCUUAUAUCGAUUUGAAGGACCGGUCCCUUGGUAUUCAGUACAAGGGCGCUCAACCCGGUCACGUUGCUCGUGUCCCCUUUGACUGGUUUAAGUUGUUGGACCGUCGUACUGCGUGGAUGAUGGUCAAAGAGUUUCUUAACCAGGUUGGCAGUACGGUUCAAGGUGCACCGAAGACUAUUGAGAGUCUUUUCGACGGACAGGAUGUCGAAACCGAGAUGAUCAAAGCGGCCAACGAGUUAAGGGAACGAGAUGAAGUAUACCGCGGAGGGUUGCUCGCCCCCAGAGAACCCAUACGGUUUAGAGGUGCUGACGGUCAAGAGAUUGACACUCCAGUCAUUGAUUGGCUGAAGGAAGAAAGUGAGUCAGCUGUGGUGCCUGUGUCUAGGGGCACGGCGAGGAAGGGUGCAGUAAACGGACUGGCCAGUCUACAGGUUCCUUCGGGGAAUAGUAAGCGCCUUCCUCUGCUCCUGUCGCGAAGGGUGUCGACAGGGAAAAGGUCUUGA